AUGUCACACGUAGAAGAAGUGAAAUUACUGUUGGAAGAACACAAGUUUAUUCAAUUUUCUGCUAAUUGGUGCCCCGACUGUCAAUAUGCCAACAGAAUCUUGAACCGUUAUGAUGUUCAGGAGAAAGUCAAGAUAUUUGAAAUUGGGAACAUGUCUAAGGAUGAACAAGAGUCUUGGAGAAUAUCAUUCCAACAAGUCACUGGGAGUAGAAAUUUACCUUCAAUAUUUGUAAACGGGAAACUUUGGGGUACCGAAGUCGAGUUACAUCGUUAUGAGGAUAGUAAUCAAUUGGAAAAAGAGUUCAAAAAUAUAGGAUUGCUGAAAUGA